ACAGUUUCUAAUGUAUUUUCUUUUCGGGUAAAGUGACGCAAGCUAACCGUUCAUUCAGGGCGUUAGCAUGUAUGCUCGUAAACCCGUUCGAAUGAGCGAAACGGAAGCGUACGUAAACAAAAUGUCCUCACAAAGCUACCGCUAGUUUUUAUUAAAGAGUAUCAACUUCCAACAUUUUCUAUUGGCAAUAAAGGCACAAUGGACUGGAGUCCCUCAGCUGUCCAGGUGGGCCUCUUGGCUACCAGCUCGGCCCUCACUGCUGUCUUCUUCAACGUGUACAGGAACAAAGCAGCGACGGUGACCAAAUUAAAGGAUGCCAAGAAAGUUUCCAUUGACCAGGAUUUGAAAAUGAUCCUGUCUGAAACACCGGGAAGAUGUUUCCCUUAUGCCGUCGUUGAGGGUGUCGUGAGGUCUGUGAAGGAAACGCUCAGUAGCCAGUUUCUUGACAAUUGCAAAGGGGUCAUUGAGAGACUGACUUUGAAGGAGGAGAAAAUGGUUUGGAACCGCACCACUCAACUCUGGAGCAACACUCAGAAAGUCAUCCACCAGCGCACCAACUCGGUUCCGUUUGCACUCGGCCCCCACGAUAACAACAUCACCGCCACCGUAUGUGUCGUGCGCCCGCUCGAAGCCGCAGAGUUAAAUCUGGAGACCACGUACGAGAACUUCCACCCCACCGUUCAGUCCCUGUCCAGCGUCAUCGGCAACUUCAUCACCGGCGAGCGAGCCAAAGGCAUUCACGAAACGGAGGAGAUGUUGCGCUUGGGCGACAGCGUCACGGGCGUCGGCGAGCUGGUGCUAGAUAACAACGUCAUUAAGCUGCAGCCACCCAAGCAAGGCUUCUUGUAUUUCCUCACUCGGUUGGACUUUGACGCUCUCCUGAGGAAGCAGGAGCGAGACGUCAGACUGUGGCGCAUUCUGACAGUCGUCUUCGGCCUGGCCGCCUGUUCCACCUUCUUCUACAUUUUGUGGAAGCAGUACGAGUGCCUCAGACAGAGAAAGCGCGUGAAGCGCAUCCUUAAAGAGUUCGAGGAGCAAGAGAAGAAAAAUAAGGAGGAGCAAAAUUGGGAGGAAAGCGAUGAGCAGGCCAGCCGGUGCGCCGUAUGCUUGUACCAGGAGCGCUCCUGCGUCUUUCUGGAAUGCGGACACGUGUGCACGUGCACGAGAUGCUACGAGGCUCUGCCGGAGCCAAAGAAAUGUCCCAUCUGCAGGGCCAUCAUAGAUAGGAUGGUGCUCAUCUACAAUACCUAAUACCAAAGGGGUGAGUCAGUUCUCUAUGUCGUCAUGGGGCAAAUCAAAACAAUGAAUCUUGAAUCAAAACAAGGGAGCGUGCAGACAACUGUCAGGUUGUAUCCAUUUAUUGAAUUAUGGCACUUUUGCUUGUCCAUAAUUAUGAACCUAGUAUCCUUCCAAUCAGAUACCAAUGUUUUUUAUGCGUAUACGUACAAUAAACUGACAUCAAUGCA